AUGAAGACGCAUACAUUUGCUACGGCGGUGGCACUCGGUGCUGGGGCUGCGCCUGGACUGAGCCAAUCGCUCACUGUCGACCAAAUCAAUAGCAUGGCCAACAACACUCUCUUCACGAGAUGGAGGCCGACCUCUCAUUUCCUUGCUCCGUCGGGAUGGAUGAACGAUCCCUGUGGACCCAUGUAUGAUCCCAUCAACAAGAUCUACCACUUACAUUAUCAAUUCCACCCUAACCACGUCAAUUGGGGCAACAUCUCCUGGGGACAUGCCACCUCGGAUGAUCUCAUCACCUGGAAGGAUGUGGAUAGCAACCCACAGGAUGGGGUUGCCGCGUGGAAGAAUCAACAGGCCCAAUCAAUCGGCACUACCAAUUUGACCAGCGAUCACCAUACUCCAGCUCUUUAUAAUCACCUGGGAAUCUUCUCCGGAACCGCCCAGCCAGUCAAUCUGACCGGUGGAUCUGAUGGAACUCUCUUGGCCUUCUACACAUCGGUAUCCGAACUUCCCACAUCCUGGAGCAAACCCUAUUUCAAGGGUACCGAGAGUCAAAGUUUGGCCUACUCUACCGAUGGUGGAGUGACAUGGCAGCAGUAUGAAAACAAUCCUGUCAUGUCCAACCCUCCCGAGGGUUGGAACGUCACAGGUUGGCGUGAUCCUUUUUACCACGCUUGGCCUGAGAUGGAUGCCUUUUUGAACGCUUCUGAGCCUUACUACUAUGCUGUCUUUGGUUCAGGCAUUAAGGAGGUGGGCCCCCGUAUGCCUCUCUACAAGGCCCCUGCGUCGGACUUGACCAACUGGACCUUCCUUGGUUCCUUGUUUGAGCCGAAGAUGAAUAGCUCGCUGGGUGCCUUGCCAGAGACCGGUUCGUAUGGAUUCAACUUUGAGGUGUCCAAUUUCUUCUCAAUCGGAGAUCGCUACUUCGUCACGAUGGGUGCUGAGGGCGGCGACACUGACUUCCACGCUCGCCGUUGGUCUCUCUGGAACGAGGGAACUCUGUCUGUCCGGGCGAAUGGCAGUGUCGAGUUCACUCCUGUUGCCGGUGGUGCAGCUGAUUGGGGUCUGCUUUAUGCGAUGACCACUUUCAACGACACCAAGAACAACCGCCGUAUUCAAUGGGGCUGGGCCUCCGAGGACAUGAACAACUUUGGUAUCACCCAACAAGGCUACCAGGGGUCUUUCGCUCUCCCCCGCGAGCUUUUCGUCAAAGACACUUACAACGUGAUCCACAAUAUGUCCGAUAGCUGCAUGCCUGGCAACUCCCGCUUCUUCGCCCACUCCAAUGGCACCUGGACCGCCAGCACCCUAGGCACCAAGCCCGUCCCAGACGUCGUCGAAGGUCUGCACCGCGGGGCCAAACACCACAAAUUCCCCUGCCACGAGCAAAAGUGCGACACAGAGAAGAUCAAACUGCCCACCAGCUUGUCCCACUCAUACCAAAUCAACCUGGAGCUCAAGAGUACCACCGGAAUCGCCGGCCUGACCAUUGCCGCUUCACCCAACCGCGAAGAAUACACCAACAUCUACUACAACCCAUCCAACUACAGUAUCGCCGUGGACCGCAGUCACUCAAGCCAGAUCAAUAUGUUCGCGAACGACACGCACCAGGGCUACUUCAAGCCUUACACCGUCCACGACAGCGACUGCAACAAGAAUACAACCGAGUCCAUCCAGAUGAGCAUCUUCGUGGACGGAUCCCUUCUCGAGGUCUACGUCAACGAGCGCUUCGCUCUGACUACUCGCAUCUAUCCCAGCCGUGAAGAUAGCACCGGUAUCGCAUUCUACAAGGCUCCUUGCGCUGAAGUCGAGUAUUCGAACAUUGAGAUCUGGGAUGGUCUGUUGAAUGUUUGGCCUGAGCGUCCUCGCAACAGCAGCUCCCUGCUUGUGUUUGAUACUGCUGCUGAGACAAACAACUAUACCUGGUGGGAAGGUAACUAG